AUGAAGUAUACCGCUCUUUUCGCAUCUUUUGCUGCCCACGCUGCUGCCGUCAGUGUCUCGGGUGCCGCUGAGGGUUUCGCCAAGGGCGUUACUGGUGGUGGCUCUGCUACUGCUGUCUACCCCAGCAGCAACGACGAGCUAGUCUCGUACCUUGGUGAUAGCGAGGCUCGUGUGAUUGUCCUGUCCAAGACCUUCGACUUCCGCGGCACUGAGGGUACUACCACCUCCACGGGUUGCGCUCCUUGGGGUACUGCCUCCGGUUGUCAGGUUGCCAUCAACCAGAAUGACUGGUGCACCAACUACGAGCCGCAAGCGCCCUCCGUCUCCGUUACCUAUGACAAAGCCGGUAUUUUGGGUAUCACCGUCACCUCUGAUAAGACUAUCAUUGGAGAGGGCUCCAAGGGCACCAUCAUGGGCAAGGGCCUUCGUAUCGUCAGCGGCGUCAGCGGCGCCAGCAACAUUAUCAUCCAGAACAUUGCCAUCACCGAUAUCAACCCCGAGUACGUCUGGGGUGGUGACGCCAUCACCAUCAACGACUCCGACAUGGUCUGGAUUGACCACGUUACUACUGCUCGCAUCGGUCGUCAGCACAUUGUCCUGGGCACCGAGGCCUCCAAGCGCGUGACCAUCUCCAACAGCUACAUCAACGGCUACUCCACCUGGUCCGCCACAUGUAACACCUACCACUACUGGGCAAUCUACCUCGACGGAUCCAACGACCUGGUGACCCUGAAGGGUAACUACAUCUACCAUACCAGCGGCCGCAGCCCCAAGAUCCAGGGUAACACUGUCCUGCACGCUGUCAACAACUACUGGUACGACAACACGGGCCAUGCCUUUGAGAUCGGUAGCGGCGGCUACGUCUUGGCUGAAGGGAACGUCUUCCAGAACAUCGACACCAUCGUCGAGGCUCCCAUCGAUGGGGCUCUCUUCACUGCCCCCUCCGCCGCCGAGAACAAGGUGUGCAGCACCUACCUUGGCUGUGUCUGCCAGGUCAACGGAUUCGGUAGCUCUGGUACCUUCUCGCAGAGCGAUACUGGCUUCUUGUCUAACUUUGAGGGCAAGAACAUUGCUACUGCUUCUGCUUACACUUCCGUUGUCUCGACUGUUAACGCCAAUGCUGGACAGGGUAAAGUGUAA